AUGAUAAAAUCUUACAAAGAAAGAUCUCCAAAUGGUCUUCUAGAAUGGAACUUUGGAUUGGUGCAUAAAGUUAAGCCCUUGAAGGAGUCGUCAAACAUCACUAGCAGUUUCGAAGGUCUACCGAUGCACUUUGAUAUGGUGGCACUUCCACGGUACAUGGGAAUUUCGCAAGACAGUCACAGGUAUGAAGACUUUGUAUGUAGAGAAUUUUUGCUGUAUUGCAGGCAAGGCUGCUCAGACGUCAACGAAGGACAGACAACUUUUGUCGAUGCCCAUUCUGCAGUUAUUUCAAUGAAUGGAAUGAAAAUACAGCAAUGGAAAGAUAUCGUCCUACAGUAUGAAACACAGGCAAGUACUGGGAAAGAUAAGGACGUUUAUUUCGGUGGACAAGGCAACUACUAUCAGUAUCCAAUUGUGCAGACAUGCCCUUGGACAGGAAAAGACGUUUUAAGAUGGCUGCAAAGCUGGACUCCAGAAGAGCACCCAAACAGCAGACAGCUGGGAUCACACAAAGUCAAAUCUUCCCCAUUCGGAUUGGAGACUACAUCAGAAGAACUUGAAAGCGAAAUCUGCCAACUUGCUUUUGACAAAAGGUUUUAUUUUGGACACUCAUAUGAACAAGGUGACCAAGUUUACGUUAAUAACUAUACAACACUUCACGGGAGGAACGGUUUCUCCCAAAUGAGGGAACUUUGGAGAAUACAGGCUGUUCCUCCAAGUGACAACCUGCCUGAUUAUUUUGUUAAACAUUCGUUAUAA